AUGGCCUCAGUCACCCUUCCCACGUCUUACGCCGCCCUCCCUACGCAGCACAUCAAGCUCUCCCAUGUGCCUGCCACGUCCCCGACCCCCACACCCAUUCUCCUCAUGACACUCAACCGGCCUGACAAACUCAAUGCGUUCACGCCAACUAUGUGCAACGAAAUGGUGUCGAUAUUCAACACGGUCGACGUGGAUGACCGCGUCAAAGUGGUUGUCGUCACGGGUUCGGGAACAAAGGCUUUCUGUGCCGGCGCAGAUCUGGAGCUCGGAUUUCCAAAGGGAAAAGGAAAGGAUGGGCAUACAAAUCGAGGAGACGUGACAAGGCCUAAGGAUCAUCGGGAUGGUGGCGGAAGAGUCACUCUAGCGAUCCACAACUGCCGCAAGCCCACGAUCAUGGCCCUCAACGGCUCCGCCGUCGGAAUCGGAAUUACCAUGACGCUCCCUGCCACUAUCCGUCUCGCUACCGCUAACACCAAAAUCGGCUUCGUUUUCGCUCGCCGCGGCCUGGUCAUGGAAGCUGUAUCAUCCUUCUUCUUGCCCCGUCUCAUCGGCCACUCUCGUGCCCUCCACGUCGCCACCACGGGUGCUACGUAUCCUCCGGACCAUCCUUUGCUACGCGACCUGUUCUCCGAAGUCCUCCCGACGGCUCAGGCGACCUUAGAUCGCGCUCUCGAGAUCGCAGAGGACAUUGCACAGAAUACUUCCACCGUCUCAACCUCUCUCAUGAGGGAUAUGAUGUACCGUGGGCCAGAUAGUCCCGAGGGAGCACACCUGCUCGACUCAGCGAUCAUCUACAGUCUCUUCGGUGGCAAGGACAACGAGGAAGGUAUCAGGAGUUUCUUCGAGAAGAGAAAACCGCAAUUCAAAGCUUCAGUGACGAAUCCGGACGAUAUGCCAUCUUUCUAUCCCUGGUGGAAUCCGAUCGAUCUCACUCCACGGUUGGAGAAGGCUAAACUCUAA